GGAGGAAGGUGUCACAUGACCCGUCAAGUCGGAAGUAUCUGCUCGGGUGAGGGAAGACAGCCUCGGGAGCAAAACGUAACACGACGAGCCUGACGAAAACCGCCGCCGCCUCAUUCUCCGUCCGUAUCCCGCAGCCAUGAACGCCAAGAUGUAUUUGGUCUCCGUGGUGGUCGCGGCUUUCAUGUGCGCGUCCGCCGCGUCGGACUCAGAUGGAUGCGCCUCUCUCGGGUGUAGCGCAUGCGAAGCCAACACCGACUGCCAGUGGUUGAACUGCACGUCAUCAUCAGGUGUCGUGGGCUGUCAUAACGUGACUCUCCGGGAUGCAAACACCACCUGUAGCAAUGACAGUUGCUCCGCCGCUCCAAACAUGUCAACCCAGAUUCCCACCGUAAUAUCCCAAACCUCUACUGCCACUACCUUUGCCAACACCACCUCUCAGACCUCUCAGCCCAUCACAGCCAAUUCGACCAACACUUCCACGCCUGCGCCGACAGCCGGUCUCAACGGCACCACAGUUGCAACCUCAACCGCGUCCACUGCUUCAAAUGGCUCCACGUCAAUCGCCCCAGUGACGCAUUCUCCGGCCCCUCACAAGAGCUCCACGUUUGACGCCGCCAGCUUCAUCGGCGGCAUCGUGCUGGUGCUGGGCCUGCAGGCUGUGCUGUUCUUUUUCUACAAGUUCUCCAAGUCAAAGGACCGCAACUACCACACCAUUUGAGGCUGUACCGCGCGCGCUCAGGUCCACGCCUCUCAGAAUAAUCUCGACCAAUCAAAGCGCUCCCGUCCAUCCCCUUAAACUGUGUUUUUCCGAGCUUGUUUUUUUUUUUCUUUCUUACCCCCUCCUUAACUUUGUUUGAAUCAGUUUUUCCUGCAAAUUGAUGUUAUUUAAAGCCUCCUCGUCGAAUUGAAGUGGUGAUUGCAGAGGAGGAAACAUUGUUGGAGUUGUGAUUUGAUAACUGCAAAGGUUUAGUUCAGCUUUUAGCCUGUUGUCAUUUGUCGGUCCCCUCCCCCUUAACGCUGUUUUAUCUUGUAUAUGUUGGUCAUAGUUUAUUUGAAAAGUUCUGGUUAUACCCACAGUUGGCAAAUAAUAUGUCAGGCGGGUGGCUCCAUUUUUUGUUCUUUGUCGCGCUGGGCAAAGAUCACCCGAAACAAGUUAUAAAGUCUGAACUGCCCUAAAGAGCAGCUACAUGCAAUAAAACAUUUAAGUCCAUCUCCUGGCCAUUGUCACCUUUAGAUCCCCACCGGCUGUCCGGUUGCGGAGGUGGUCUUCAAAAAAAUGAAAGAUUGUACAGUAUUUUUAGGAAUAUAGAGAAUUUGUUUAACGAGGAGUUGGAAGCACUUUUCCUUGAUGGGGACCGUAAUACAAUAGGAGUCAAGUGCCUUUACAUGUCUGGUGUGGUUUCACGAGGAAACCUGAAGGGGGGAUGAUUGUAUUUCUACCUGCUUGAGUGCAAUGUUGUGUAUCCCAGCUGGACGGAAGAGCCUUUGUUAAACAGGGAAAGACCAUAGAAGCCGAGACUUAUUAUUUAGUCAUAUUUCUCCCCCCCCCCCCCUUUUUUUUUUUUUGCCCCCACUUGAAGUCAAUAAGUUUGUGUUAUGGUCUUAUCAACCUCCCACCUCACUUCGUGUUGGUGUAAAGUUCUUGUUACACUCCCGAUCAGUGAGUCUAGCUUUGUUUGGAUUAUUGUUAUUAUAGUUAGAAAGUGUUUGGAAAUGCAAGGUCGGUUUGGCUAUGCGCUGCUAUCCGUGUAGUUUGUCUCUCCCCUCCCCGUUUUUUGUCUGCUGUCAUGUCGUCGGACGUGUCCAUCUUAGGUUUUCGUGAAGUUCAGGGAAGUCUUAAUGAAGGAAUGUCAGUCUUUUUGCCUUUUUUUUUUUUUUUUCAAUUUACAGAGCUCAUCGGUGAAUUUUAUGGUGAUUUAUAUAUUUUUUUGCAUGGCGGAUGUUUAUUUCCUCUUGAUACGCAACAAGGUCAGCGUGAUUCACACCUGGGCCAAAGUGGACUUAGAUUUGAUGUGUGGAUAUUUCUUUGAGCUGGGAAUAGCACAAGGGCAAAAAUACUGUAAGGUGUCAUUUUUUUUAAAGAUGUUUUAAAUUAUCAUAACAUCCGUAUCCAAAAUUAUUAAACCCAUAUGAAAUACAGGCAUCACCAAACAUAAAAAUAGCCAAGAUGGUUAGAUACUAGAUACCUAAAUAGGGACUAUUGGAACUUUGCUGUGGAUUCAUAGCUCUUAGGGUUUAGAAGAUCACAAAAAUAUCGAGUUUCUUCCAAGUUGUCGGUGAUAGGAGUAAUUUCAAACAGAUGAUGGAUGAUGAAAUAUUUUUGACUGGUCGACUAUCACUUUGUCAUUUCCACCUAAAAAUGUACAUCGGCCCCCAGCGGUUGGCAGGCAUCCGGUCCAUCGUCUACCCUGUCAGCUCAUCCUAAUGAAGACGAGUGCUUUAAAUAUUAGAUGGAUGUACUUUGGCCAGGUAGUGAAUAAUUUUGGGUGUUAUUUGCGCCUACGGAUUUUUCCACACAGAAAAACCACUUGAUAAAUCAUGAAGAGAUUGCCUUGAAACCGUGAGCCAUCGACGCCAAAUUCCUGUGUUGCCAUGAAACUUUUAAGCAUUGCACUGACAAGCUUUGUUUGUACAAUUGUGAAACCAAUUCGAAUGCUCGUGUAGGGUGAGACCACACAGUAUAGAAUAUAAACUCGCCAUCAUCAUACAAUCACCAGGUGGCAUUAGGCUACAGCCCAAAGACGCACAGUGACUUUUUUGCCUUAGCUACAUCUGAUUUUUUGCCUUAGCCGCAUCGAAGUUUUUGCCCACAUCUCCAAUGCUGCUGCAUCAUCGGGCCUAAAUUCCUGAAAGAAGACAAUUAUCACAUGCGCACAUUGUUGCUACAUCCAAACACACGUUCAUUGUCGCUUGCUUCUCGCUCAGCUCUCCUGCACAUCUUCAGGAAAAGUGCCUUAUUCAGUUAAGUUUGUAAGAGGGGGUAAAAAAAGAGAGCCUACAUUCAGCUCAAUGCUUAUUACACUUGGUCAUCAGCAUUUUCAUUUUUUUUCCCGUCAUGCGGUUUGCCGUCAUGCCUUGCCUUAACUUUAUCUAGAUCUGUAUGAAGUAUUUUGAAACACAAUUAUUGGACACUUCCUUAUGAUAUAAAGUGAUCUCUGUUCUGAAAAAAAAAAAUCUUGUUUUCCACCAAGAGGCGGUACAGUUCGGCUGAAUUUGAUGUGGAAUUGGUCACAAAUACGCAGUUUAACAUCGUCAUACACCAGCGAGACGGUUUUUGGUUUGUGGUAAUUAGAGAAAAUGAUUAAAUUACUGCUUUUUUUUUUCUUUUCAUUUAAUUUCAUUGGAAUUUUCAUUGGAACAUGACAGCGACCUCUGCACAAACAUUUCAUACCCAUGGGAAAAAAAAUCACUGAAAUGUCCGCCACAUCAAAACGGUACGCAAACUGACAUUUUGGGAGUAAAAUGCGUACUGAACUCGAUGUCUUGGUGAGAACGAUUCUUUUAACACAUCACGGGAAGACUUUUCAAGCUGGCCAGUAAGUUUUAAAAAAAAUCUUUCACUCCUUUUAGUGUUUAUUUCUGUUAAUAAAUAAAAAAAAAAAAAACCCUCCCUGCAUGGCCCAAUGGUCUGAUUUAUACGUGUGCACAAUUACACACACACACUCACACACACUGGAGUGCCAUCCAUUUGUGUUGCGUUCUCACCGCCAUCCAUCCAUCUCCUUGGUACGAUUCCAAUGGCUAGCUACAAAAAAAAAGUGCCCCUUUUGGUUUUUCCUUAUGUCUUUGCAUUGUUUUCCAAAUGUUGCAGCCUGUUGAGCCAAUAAAGUUUGUUCAAACAGUCA